UUCAUUUGAAGCGUCUCCACCUGGUAAUUAGCGCUGCGCAUGAACAUUGCGGCUGUUUGCUGAUGUUACCGUCGUCCGGCCUGUUUGCUGCUGUGAGUUGUCCUUACCUAAAGCGUGGGUUUUGUGAGCGGCCUCACUGUUUGUACAAACAUGCCAACAGAGUGCGGAGCGGCGUGUUUGGUGCCUCGAACAAAUCACCGGUAGCUGAUUUUGCAGGGGUCCAAAAUGACUAUGACUUUACUGUCGGUGGACUGCUGAUGACUGCUGAGACCAAAGACGACUGCCUCCAGGAAAUCGAGCGGAUCAACAAGGAAAUAGAAACUGUAAAGCACGAAGUGGAGAGACAGCAGAGGACUCUGUCACGUUACAAGACAGUGCAGGACGACAGUAGGAGCACUGUGUCCGAGCUCGCUGUCUCUGAGCCUGAGACAGCAGCUAAAGGCGGCUAUUAUUAUAAGCCUUCUAGUUUACCUAAACCUUACUCCCAAGCAAAGAAGUACGUGGUUGACAACUCCAAACCAAGGACUGACUUGGAAUAUGACCCUCUGUCCAACUUCUCUGCUUACUUAUGGUCUUACAACUCAACGCGUAAAGACCAGAAAGCUAAAAGUGGACAAAGUGUGAGAAGAGCAGGGGACGCUCUGUGUAUCGAUCCAAAUAAGACGUUGGUACAUCAGGCCCCGCUCAGCAGGUCUCCCUCUCCAGAAGUGCUUGAUGACUCGAAAGAGGAGGGGGUCCUCGUCAUCGACCUUCCUCCCUCGCCAGACAAACAGAGAGGCCGAGCUCAGCAACCCUGUGGUGCAGAUAGCAAAACCGAGGAUAUAGAAGAAGAUCUUAUUUUAGUUGAUUCUCCACCUGCAAACCCAGAGGUGUUCAAAGGCAAAUUUGCAACUAUUGAAGCAGAUAAAGCUGUUAAUACUACAUGUAGUGCGGAAAAUGCUCAGGCGCCCUCUGUUUUCUCUGUGAGCCAGGAAUGUGAACAUAGCUCAGUCAGUGGAAGUGUGUUUGCUGACUUAUCCAGGCGUUUUGAAGACGUGAGAAGUGAACAUCUGAAGAUAGGUUGUCCCCGGGCUGCUGACUGUGUUGUAGAUAGCAGCCCUGAGCCUGGGAGUCUCCCUCAGAUGUCAGACUCCCUCCAAGAUUACAAUCAAACAGAUCUGGUGGUGGUGGAGGAGGAGGUAAGCUCCUUUUUGGCUGGACUGCCUCAGUGCGAGCUGCCCUGUGGUGUUGAGACAAUGAAUCCAAUGUGGCGACAUAAUGUUUCCCAAAAAGCCACGUUUCCUUAUGAGAAUGCAGGCGCUAACUUGUCAGAAGCCUCCAGCCAAGCCCAGUAUCUGCCUGGGUCUCGAAUGCAAAAUACACCUUCAGUGCUGCCAUACGGCCAGAAAAUGCUAAGCCGGAUGCAAGCUGCUGAUGACUAUGCUUCACCUGCAAGCCACCUGCAGCACGAAGCAGCAACUUCAGGUGGCAGCCAGUGGGAGGAUCAGCAUGUUGGAGCUUCUGCCAAAUCACACUCGACUGGAGCGGAAUCGCUCCCAAGUGAAAAGGUUUCUGUGAAGGCAGGCAAUCAAGACGUUAUCAUCAUAAGCUCCAGCUCGGACGAGGAAGAGUUCAACUACUCUGAAAUGGAGCUGUCGGACAGUGACCCGAUGGAGGAAUGCUACAGGAUCUUCAUGGAGUCAAAAGAGGAGCAGCAGGGAGCUGCAGAGCCGGCUGCUGCACCAGUGGGAGAAGUUGAUGUGGUGAUGCCAGAGGUAAAAGUCACACCCAAAGCUUUGCCAGGAGAGAAGAGGGUGGCUCAUGUAGCCAAACGUGCAAAGUUAGGGGAGAGCAGCAGGCCGCAGCCCCAGGUGCUGGUACCCCUGCGGGGCCCAGCAGCACCAGGAUCAGCCUCCCAGCUCUCUGUCACCUCCAGAACGCAGCAGAGAGCCUCCACGCUGGCAGCCUCUGUGAACGGAGCCCAGACCUUCAUCUCCUCCACCUCUCAGAACAAACCAGAGAUCCUGACUCCUUUUCCAUCGCAAACCACAGCGAUUAAGCCCAUCCCUGUGGAAAACAGCUAUAUGAACUGCUUGCCAGUGGGAACUGCUGUGAUCGAAGUGGGCAAAAACUUGCACUUGAUCCUGCCCGAGGGCACCUACCCCCUGCCCGUCACCUCCACUGCCAGCCCUGUUACUUCAGUCCUGACCCCGAUCGUUCCCGUGCACAUGAGCCCAGUCACCCCGAUACAUGCAUACCAUGCAGACCCGGUCAUCCCUGUGCACAGAUACCGCCCAGCCCCUCCUGCACCUAUUCCUGCUCGGGGGCGUAAAUCCUUAUCGUCCUCUGUCUUUGCAUCAUCACAUUCAAAUCCAGCUGCUCCCCCGACUCCACAAGCUGCUGUUCACGUUCCUGCUAAGCCCAUCUCUACUAAACGUAGAAUGAAGCAGCGUCCUGAGGAGGCCAAAGACAAAGUGCCGCAUGACGUCCGUCAGCGCUACAUCAACAUGUUCACCGAGGAGUUCCUGAAAACAUCGGCCUCUGUUAACGAUGCUUUUGAAAAGGCGCUCGCUGAGGAGAAGACGCUGUACAAUCGCAGUGUCAACAAAAUCAAAUACCUGAGCGUUGCGGUGAAUGCACUGAAGAGGCUGAAGAACCAAAACGCUGCUGCUGCUAAGGGUGAAAAUGAAGUCGGCAGUCUAAGAGCCAAAGGCAGGAUUCCACUCAACUUGAAAAAGCUUAAAGGACAUGGCGAUGUGGCAUUGUGCCAGAGCUUAAAGGAAUAUGUUUUGACUGAGGAAAUGUUGAUUGAGAGCAACUUUCCCCUCCAGCACCCAGAGAAGCCGGGCAGUGCUGCUCUUUUUGCCGACAAUAAGAAAGGCACCGCUGACCCCCUCAAGAGGAUCUGCUGUCGGUGUGGUGCUACAUACGCUGUGAGCCAAACUGGCAAACACACACGCAGGGAGGAGUGCACUUACCACUAUGGGAAAGGAGUUGAGAAUAGAGUCCCAGGUGGGGUGGAGACCCGCUACAGCUGCUGUGAGGGAGUCAUGGGAGCACCUGGAUGCCAAGUCUUCAAGCUGCAUGUGCAUGAUGCCGUCAGCCUGGAUGGGUUCGUGUCCACCCAGCCCAGACCCCCGUCAGAUCACAGCUGUCCCGGGGUUUACUCUGUGGACUGUGAAAUGUGCUACACUACUCAGGGUCUGGAGCUGUCCAGAGUGACUGUGGUCAACUCCAGUCUGCAGGUCGUCUACGACACCUUUGUCAGACCGGACAACGAGGUCAUCGACUACAACACCAGGUUUUCAGGCAUCAGUGAGGAGGAUAUGGAAGGCAUCAGCACCUCCAUCAGAGAGGUUCAAGAGACCCUGCUGAGCUUCAUCAGCGCUGACACCAUUCUGAUCGGACACGGCCUGGAGACAGACCUCUGUGCCCUGAAGUUGCUCCACGGGACAGUGGUGGACACCUCGGUGGUCUUCCCCCACCACCUGGGCCCCCCUCACAAGCUGAGCCUCAACAGCCUCACCGCCAGCUACCUCAGGAGGAUCAUCCAGGAGAGUGUUUGUGGCCAGGACACUGCAGAAGACGCUGCUGCCUGCAUGGAGCUCAUGUUAUGGAGGGUUAAAGAAGAUCGCAAAGCCAAGAAAAUGUGAUUGGAAUAAAAUAAAAAUAAUUGUC